AUGCAAUUUCGAGUUUUUCAUUACAGAGCUCUGUAUUACCGGCCCAAUGUUGUCAUGCCUUUAGGGGUACGAAAAUAUGGCAGAGUUCUGUUUUAUCGGCUUCAAUUUGAAACUGACGUAAACGAUACUGACGACAUUCCAAGGUCUACUCGAUUGAGCUAG